AUGGCGGAGGAGGUGGCGGUGGCCGUGGCCGUGGCCGUGUGCGUGCGGGUGAGGCCCGUCUGUAACAGGGAAGGACUGGAAGAAGCUACUCAUGUUUAUUGGAAAAGUGACAAUAAUGCUAUUUAUCAGAUUGAUGGGAGUAAAUCCUUCAGUUUUGAUCGUGUCUUUCAUAGUAAUGAAACGACUAAAACCGUAUAUGAUGAAAUCGCAGUACCCAUCAUCGAUUCUGCCAUCCAAGGCUACAAUGGUACUGUAUUUGCCUAUGGGCAGACAGCAUCAGGAAAAACACAUACCAUGAUGGGUUCAGAAAAUUGUUUAGGAGUCAUCCCGAGAGCUAUACACGACAUUUUUCAAAAAAUUACGAAGCUUCCUGAGAGAGAGUUCCUCUUACGGGUAUCAUACAUGGAAAUAUAUAAUGAAACCAUUACAGAUUUACUUUGUAACACUCAGAAAGUGAAACCACUGAUAAUUCGGGAAGACAUCAAUAGGAAUGUGUAUGUUGCUGAUCUCACAGAGGAAGUGGUUUCUACAUCAGAAAUGGCUCUGCAAUGGCUCUCCAAGGGAGAAAAAAACAGACAUUGUGGAAUAACAAAAAUGAAUCAAAGAAGCAGUCAUUCACAUACCAUUUUCAGACUGAUUUUAGAAAGUAGAGAAAAAGGUGAAUCUUCAAAUUGUGAUGGCUCUAUUAAAGUGUCACAUUUGAAUUUGGUGGAUCUUGCAGGCAGUGAAAGAGCUACUCAAACAGGGGGUGAAGGUGUGCGACUCAAGGAAGGCUGCAAUAUAAAUCGAAGUUUAUUUAUUUUGGGACAAGUGAUCAAGAAACUUAGUGAUGGGAAAAUUGGUGGUUUCAUACAUUAUGGAGAUAGCAAAUUAACACGAAUUCUUCAGAAUUCCUUGGGAGGAAAUGCUCAAACACGUAUUAUUUGCACAAUUACUCCAAUUUCUUUUGAUGAAACACUUUCUACUCUCCAGUUUGCCAGCACUGCUAAAUAUAUGAAGAACACUCCUUUUGUGAAUGAGGUAUCAAGUGAUGAAGCACUGCUAAAACGAUACAGAAAAGAAAUAGUGGAUCUGAGUAAACAAUUAGAAGAAGUAAGCGUAAAGACUCGGGUACAAGAAAUGGAAAAAGACCAAUUGGCCCAACUUUUAGACGAAAAAGACUUGCUUCAAAAAGUACAGGACAAGAAAAUUCAGAACUUAAAGUGGAUGCUGGUCACCUCGUCUUCUAUUGCCUUGCAACAGGAACUAAAGUCCAAAAAGAAGCGAAGAGUUACUUGGUGCUUAGGCAAAGUUACCAAAAUGAGUGAUUCAACUGAUGUAAAUGAAUUUGAAGUGCCAGCAAAUGUAACAACCAGAAGACACAAAUCUUCCAUAACUGUAUCAGGAGAAAGCGAUGAAUCUGUGUGUGUUGAGACUGAUACCUUUAGUAAUACUCUCGAAUCACUAACUGAGACAGAAUGGAGCUCAGCAACAACGCUACUAAGUCAGGAGAACUUAGAAGGCGAGCUGAAUUCCCUUCAUGCUAAAUAUGAUAAUUUGGUAUUAGACAAUGAACAGCUAAGAAGACAAAAUGAAUACCUGGAAUUGAAAUUAACAGAAAAAGAUGGUGUAGGUGAAUUUGAGACUCUAGAAAGAGAAGGUAAAAAAGAUCAAGAGGUGGAACUAAUUCAUGAAAUUUCCAACUUAAAGGAUUUAGUUAAGUAUGCAAAAGCAUAUAAUCAGGAUCUGGAGGUAAACGCUAUAAGUUCAAAAGUUGAACUUCUUAAAGAUAAAGAAGCCCAGAUUAAGAAUUUACAGAAACACAUAUACAUACCAAACUCUACUAUAAAAAUGGACUUGUCAUAUUCAUCGGAAACCACUGAAGACCUAAAACAAAUGAAACAAGAUUUGGUUGAUACAGAAGCUGUAGUCCUUUAUGCCAAGAGAAAAUCAACCUUCCUUACACGUGAAAACCUGGAGCUGAAAGAGAAAAUAAAAAAACUUUUAAACUCCUGCAAGGAAAUGGAAAAUGAUAUUCAGCUAUAUCAACGCCAGUUGGAGACGGAAAAGAAAAAGCAAGCUGAUCUGGAUAAAGAAUUGCAAUCUUCUUUUAAUGAAAUAAGAAAACUCAAUUCCCUCUUAGAUGGCAAAGUUCCAAACGACUUGCUCUGUAAUUUGGAAUUGGAAAGAAAGAUUGAUGAUCUCCAAAGUGAACUUAAUAAAGAAACUAAUGAGAAUGAAACUUUGCGCAAAGAAGUGAAAUUGCUCUCAGAAUUAAAACCUUUAUCUUUGGAAGUGCAAAUACUAAGGACAGAGAUACAUAAGAAGUCUAAAGAGCUCACUAUAAUAACUUCAGAAAAAGAAAAAUUAUUUUCUGAAGUAGUUCAUAAAGACAAUAAAAUUCAAAGUUUACUUGAAGAAAUGGGGAAAACUAAAAGUGACCUUGCAGCUUCCCAGCUGGAUUGCAGGAACAUUGAUGAAGAAUUUCAAAAUUUCAAAACUCUUCAUAUGGAAUUUGAGCAAAAAUACAAAAAUAUCCUGGAAGAGAAUGAGAAAAUGAAACAAGAGGUAGGAAAUCUCUCUAAAGAUGCAGAAAGCAUUAGUGUAAGUUUGACAAGUGAACUUUCUGGAAAGACUCAGGGGCUCCAGGAGGAAACAGCCAAGGGUCAGGACAGGUUAGAUGAGGUGGAACAACUGAAGGAAGAGCUAGAAAACAAGGAUUCUGCGCUGCGAUCUGUGGAAAAGGAGAACAGCCUGCUAACUGAGAUGCUACCACAAAUAUUCGAAGAAGUAAAAACUUUGACUCAAGAAAAAGAUGACCUACAGCAACUCCAAGAGAGCCUGCAAAUUGAGAGAGACCAACUUAGAAAUGACAUUCAGGACACAGUAAAUAUGAACAUAGACACUCAAGAACAAUUGCGCACUGCACUCAAAUCUUUGAAGCACCACAAAGAAACCAUUAACACACUGAAAAGGAAUACUUCUGAGGACUCUUCUGAGACGCUGCAUACAGUGGAUGCUAAAGGGUUACUUUUAUACUUUGAUGAUGCUGUUUUGUCAUGUUCUACUGAGCAUCAGACCGAGACCUUCUACAUAUUAGACAAGUGCUCCACCAGUGACCUCCAUCCCUCACUUGACCUGGAAAAAGAAGAUGGACUAAGAAUUGCUUAUGUGCACCUGAAAGAGCAGCAAGACACUAUCGACAAGCUCAGGAGGGCUGUUACCGACAAGACAGAUGAACUAGCAGCUGUGCAGAGGGACUUAGGACAUGCAAAUGCUGCUGCAAAAGCACAGAUCCAGGAACUUAAAGAAAAAGAAGAUCGACUUAGAAAAGCAAAUGAUGAUCUUGUGGGACUCAUGGAUCAAAAGGAAGAAUUGAAGAAGCGACUCGAAACCCAGAAUUCAGUUCUGGAAUCCGCAGAAAUGGAGAAGUUAAGGCUGACUAAGGAACUUCAUGAAAACCUUGAAGAAAUAAGAUUUCUUACUGAUGAAAAUGAUAGCCUAAAACUUGAGGAGGAAACCCUCAGAGCAGAGCGAGACCAACUGAGGGAAAGCCUUACAAGAGCAGAAGCCAAUAUCCAAGAAGCUCAAGGCGGAGAAUGUUCCUUUACUGUGGGGGAAAAGGAUGGUGAUACUACGAAGAUAAGUAAGAAAGGACCACUGAAGAGGCGGUUCAAAGCCAGUUAUUCAGCACCACCAAGAAUAGACAUAGAAAAGUUGCCUGGGAGCCUUGAAGGCCAUGGGAAAGUGGGUGCCCUACACCAACUACAGCGGAGUCUUCCCUCACAGCAGGACCGCUUCACAGGCCACAUAAGAGAAGUCACAGCCAAACUUCUGGAAGCCGAGGAAGAACUUAAAAUUGCUCGUUGUUGUCUGAAAGAGCAACACGAAAAGAUUAAUAGAUUGACAGUGAACCUAUCAGAGAAGGAGUAUGAAAUAUCUACCUUUCAGAUGCAGCUGGAAUCAGCCAAGCAUGAAUUACAGAGAAAGCAAGAGCUUGAGGAGAAAGAGAAAAACUUUCUUAAGACAGAUUCUAUUGAUGGCACCGCAGAAAAUGCAUGUCUAACAGAACACUUGAAAGAGCAACUUGAGGCCAAGAGGUCAGCUCUGGAAAAUGUGGAAAUGCAGAAUGUGAACUUGACUCAAAGACUAAAUGAGAAAAUUGAAGCAAUGAGAUGUGACCUGGAAAAAGAAGAUGAACUAAGAAUUGCUCACAUGCACCUGAAAGAGCAGCAAGACACUAUCGACAAGCUCAGGAGGGCUGUUACCGACAAGACAGAUGAACUAGCAGCUGUGCAGAGGGACUUAGGACAUGCAAAUGCUGCUGCAAAAGCACAGGUCCAGGACCUUAAAGAAAAAGAAGAUCAACUUAUUAAAGCAAAAGAUGGUCUGGUGGAAUUCAUGUGUCAAAUGGAAGAAUUGAAGAAGCGACUCGAAACCCAGAAUUCAGUUCUGGAAUGUGCAGAAACAGAGAAGUUCAGGGUGACUAAGAAACUUCAUGAAAACCUUGAAGUAAUAGGAUUCAUUACUGAGGAAAAUGCUAACCUAAAACGGGAGGAGAAAACCCUCAGAGCAGAGCAAGACCAACUGAGGAUUCAAGAACUGAAGGAAAAUGAACUUGAACUUCUUAAAUUAGAAGGAGAACUCAGUGAAGCACAGAAACAACUCAAGGAACAAGGCAUGACUCUGAGUAAGAUAGAGAUGGAGAAUUUAACUUUGGCUCAGAAACUUCAUGAAAACUUUGAAGAAAUAAAGACUCUUGUAACAGAAAGAGAUAACCUAAGGAAUGCAGAGGAGAUACUCAAACUGGAAAGAGACCAACUUAAGGAGAAAUUAGAGAAAAUCACAGCUAAAGAUCUAGACACAAAACAAGAACUAACAAUUGCUCACAUGCAUUUGAAAGAACAAGAAGAAAAUAUUAAUAAACUAAGAGAGGAACUUGGUGAAAAGACAACUCAAAUUUCAGACAUCCAGAAGGAUUUAGAUAAAUCAAAAGAUGAAUUACCAAAGAAGAUCCAAGAACUUCUGAUGAAAGAGCUUCAGCUUUUUAAAGAAGAUUUCAGUAAAACUUAUGCCAAAGUGAAUGAAAUAGAACAAUUGAAGAAAAAAUAUGAGGCCCAACAUACAUCUGUGCAUAGUAUGGCUACAAACAAUUUUCACUUUAUUAAAAGCAUUUAUGAAAACCUUGAAGAAAUAAAAAAUGUAGCUAAGGAAUGCAGUGAGCUGAGGAAGAUAAAAGAGUCUCUCAAAAUGGAAAGAGACCAAUUCCAAGAAUCCAUAAGAAAAACAAAAACUAGAAACCACAAAGGGGAGGAAAAACACAAAAGAAAAUUGCUAUAUGAUGCAGAACAACACCCUACAGAAAGCCUGAAAGAAAAAUGCCUGAAGAUAAAAGAGCUUCUGAAGAAGUACUCAGAAAUGGAUGCUGAUUAUGAGUGUUUGGAUAGAUUGUCUCUUGAUUUGGAGAAAGAAAUUGAAACCCAAAAAGAGCUUUCACUUAGAGUAAAAGGAAACCUGUACCUUCCAUACUCACAAACCAAACAGAUUGAAAAACUUCUUGCAGAAAACCAAAGGUGUUCCAUAGAAUCCUACAGAGUCAUGAAGAAACUUAAGUAUGUGUUAAGCCAUGUUACAAGGAUAAAGGAAGAACAGCAUGAUACCAUCAAUAAAUUUGAAUUGGCUUUUGUUGAAGAAGUAGAGAAGCAAAAUGAAUUGCAAAAUACAAUUCAGUGUAUUGAUAUGGCUUACAAUGCGCCAGCAUCCAGAGAAUUAAAGGAUCUCAAAUUGAACACAAAUAUCGACCUACAUAUUGAGGAAAUUCUCAAAGAUUUCUCAGAAUAUGACUUCCAAAGUAUAAGGACUGAAUUUCAACAACUAUUAAAUGAUCAAAAAGAAAGGCGUCAGUUCUUGGAAGAAUGGUUGAGUGCUCCUUUUGAUGUAGAAAAACUUAAACUUGCUAUCCAGAGAGAAAACAGUAGCUUAUUCCAAGUGAAUAAUUUCUAUAAUGAUAAGAUAACUGCCAUAAUAAAUGAAUCCACAGAGUUUGAGGAAAGAAGUGCUAUCAGAUCAAAAGACUGGAAAUGCGACCUAAACGUCAUGAAAGAAAAAACUAAAAAACUAGUUGAAGACUACCAAUCUUUGACAGCUUCUCAAUCUACUGUCCAGAUUUGUUCUACGACACCAAGCAGGAAGACUCAGCAUGUUGCCUCAGGACGCAUACAGACGACUGCAGAAAAAAUUCAGGAGCUAGAAACUUCCCUACAUGAAGCUAAAGAAAGUGCUGUACGUAAAGAAGACAAGAUUGUAAAGUUGCAGGAAGAAUUAAAAGUGACUAAUGACAUAAUAGCAAAACUUGAGAACAAAGUUAAUGAAUCAAACAAAUGUCUUGAAAAAGCAAAAGAAACCAUUCAGUUACUUCAGGACGAAGUUGCUGUAAGAGCUAAACUUCAUAAAGAAGAAAUUGAAUACCUAGAUACAAAACUGGUGAAAGCAUACCUAGAAAAGAUGAAAAAUGGCAGAGAACAUGAAAAAGAAAUGAAUUCUAUAAAAGCUACUAUUGAAUAUCAAAAAGAAACGAUAAGGGCACUAAGAGAAAAUCUCAGAAGAAAUCAACAGCCCCAAGAUACUUCACAGGAACGAAUAAUGGAAACAAAUAGUCUGGAUGCUACGCCAGAUCUGUGGCCCUCCUCCUCAAGAAAAGAAACAGAUGACUGCAAAGUGCAGUAG